AAAUACCACAAAAGUUUACAGUUGACGCAAAAGGAGACCAAGCACGAAGCAAAUUCCAAAAGCCAAAAGCCAAAAGCCAAAAGACGCAAAGAAGACCAAGAAGAUACUAUCAUCGAAAUCCAUGGCCAUGGCCUCACUGAUUCAUCGUGUCAUCCUGGUCCAACUUCUGAUCCUAUCGGUGGCAACAAUCUCAGCGACGGCCAGGCCUUGCAAGACCCUCUUCAUCUCCUCCUACUCUUUCUCCUUCAAACCCGUUAACCAACAAAACCCUUCUUCUUCUUCAUCCUCGGGAUUCGUCACCGUCUUCACCGAGAUCAGCCACUUCAACCCAAAACCCCAAGUGCAAGAACAACCUUUCCCCACCACCACCGAGAUCUUCCUCUUCCGUGACCCGAUCCACCGCAACGACAUGCCGUUGGGGUACAGGAAACCCCAACAACCCAUCGCUUCCUACGACUUCAGCUCCCUCCGUGACCGCACCAAGGACAUCUUGAGUGUCGUCGUCGCUCUCCUCUUCGGCGUUGGCUGCGGAGCCCUCACCGCCGCCACCAUGUACCUCGCUUGGUCUCUCUUCUCCCACCGCUUCUCCUCCUCCGACUACUCCGCUUUCCCCUCUUCUUUCUCCGACGAUGACGACAACGAUGACGAUGAUGUCAAUCCCAAGAAGUUCGGCUAUAUUAAGAUUCCCGCUGCCACCGAUUCUCUGCCUGCUCCGGCUCCGGCUCCGGCUCCGGCUAAGUGAACGGUAUGAAAGUAUAUGAUAAUCGCUAUUAUGUUAUAUGGUAUUUUAGUCAAUUUGGAGCUAUUGAAGCUUGCCUCUCUUUUUAGUGUGGAUUGUGGACUAAUUGUUUAUAAUAAACAAAAGAGAGAACAAGUGUGCUACUUCUCUGGUCUGUAUUACUCAAUUUACGACUUUAUUGUCUUAUAUUCUAAUACUUUAAAUGUGAUCAUGUACUUUGAUUAUGUUA